CUGGUUGGAUCGUGCUGUAGCAAUUCUUCGACAGUUCCUGGCAGAUCCCGGUUGCUCUCUCUCUCUGUCUCUCGCUCUCUUGCUGCCUGAGCUGUCUCACUCACUCUUGCAUCCUCCCAUCCCGCCCAACCGGGUGGUCGACAUCUUCCCGCAAAGACAGCCUAGUCAGACCUAGAGACAGACACGAUGUCAGACACCGAAGCCGACGCACACGCCAGUAGCAACGGAAGUACUACAAACGGAACACCUCAGCCGCUACUACCCUCACAGAAAGUCCUCGAGGAAGAGGAGGCUGAGCGGCUGGCUGAGGAGGAACGCAAGCGGAACCGUGAGCCGCCCAUCAUCUUCAAUGAGGUUGAUUCGAAGCUGGAACUCGAGCGCCUGGUAGACUUCGUUGAUGGCAAGCUAUCUGAGGACGAGCAGGAAGCAGUUGAUCAACUGCACCAGUACCUGUUGCUCGGUGAGGGCGCCUGGACGUUCGGUGACUGCUUCCUCGUGUUCGUAGGACGCAUUUUCCGCGACCAGCAGUGCUUUUCGACAGACGUACGCGUACACCUGCUGAGGGCGCUUGCAAACGCCGCACUCAAGGAGGACAUCAUACUCCUGCUGCACCAGGACCGUAAGGAACACGUGCUGAUGAACUUUGCCCAGGACAUUGACCGGCACCCGCCAGAGGAGCAACAAUCUAUCGCGCUAUUCAUGUGCAACCUGUUCGAGAACAACAACGCCUCCGAGUGGUUGCUGUACAUCUCCGAGUGGAACUACAAUGGGCUGGUAACGUCCAACAUCCGUGCGACGACGAAGGUGGCCGUACACUGUCUGUUGGCAACCUGCCCCCGAUUGCAGGACAUUGGAACUGCGCUCGUGCACAACAUCGCCUGCAAGGAAGUGAAGACGGUCGUGUUUGAUGAUGUCGCCGUCGAGAUUUCGAUGGCACUGCUGCAGUUCUUCAACAACUCCCCGACCGAGGAGCACCUCUUCCGUACGAUGAAGGCACUGGCGAAAUUUGUGCAGGUGUCACCGGAUGUGCCACAGUUCGUGCAGAUGAUCGGACCCCACCCGAAGAACUUCAAGGGCAAAAGCGAACGGGUUGACGGACUGAUUGAGCAGAUCAGCAAGAAGAUCCGCUAGCUCUCAUUCCCGUCACCCGUCACACCCGUACCCGUUUUCCAUCCUAUCUCGGCACUCUAACACGAGGUUGUCCUGGGGGAAAGGGUACCUGUUCUUUGCUUCUUCAGGCGAGUCUGGUUGAUCAGACAAGUUCCCCACUGAAGUGAUCCCCGUCGGUAACCGAGCAUUUUGGUGUUUUGCGUUUUUUCGUCCCCUCCCCCUCGUAAACAGGCAUUUCGUUUCCAUUCUCACACACACGCGCGGUUACUUCUCUCUUCCGGGAGCCUUUUUCCAGUUUGUAGAUGAGCUCUAACCUUGCUUUCUAAGUAAUGCAAGGGAAAAGAUCCUAGAGGAGCUUGAUAGAUCCAGCUCCAAAGAUAACGCAGAGUUAUGAGAGGGGGAGGAAAGCAAUGCAGAAGUACGAGUAGGGCUGAGUUGAGAGGUAGGGCUCCUGAGAAAAGAGAGGUUAAUAGAUAGAGAACCCCUUAACGUAGUAGAGUAGACGCGUGGGCCGCCCGUAUGUGACCGAUGGAAUUGAUCUUUCUUCCUUUCUUACCAUCUUAAUUUUCCUUCUUGCAAUUAAUGACCGAAAGCAUGGCGAGACAAAACUGAGUAAACGAAUAAACUUAAAGUAACCUGUACA